AUGCCAUGCUCUGGCAGACCGAGCCGGUUUCUCGUAGGAGCCGGGCUGGAGCUCACGCGGCUCGUCCCGCUCGCGCUUUUCCACGCGCGGCGCGCGCUGCUGUGCCGCACGCAGCCGGAUCUGCACGACGCGUGGCAGCCGGGCGAGCCGGAUUACGUCAGCUUACUCCCCGGGGAUCUCCUAGUCGCGACGCUCGCGCUCUGCUACGCGGUGAUUUCGCCGCUUAUUCUCCCGUUCGCCGGCGCGUACUUUCUAACUCAGUGGCUCGUUAUGAAGAACCAGCUCGUGCAGGUGUACGUUAACGAGUUCGAGAGCCGCGGGAGGAUCUUUCCGCACGCGUUGGCGCGCGUUCUCGCGGCGCUCGUGCUGUCGCAGCUCACGCUGAUUGGCUACUUCGGCGUGAAGCAGUUCCGCGCGACGCCCGCGCUCAUCCCGCUGCUGUUCAUCUCCGUGAUUCACGCUGUCUACAUGCACCGCCGCUUUCACCCGUCCUUCGCGCGGCCGUCGCUGCAGCAGGCGAGUCGCGCCGGCGCGCCGCCGGUGCCGCCUCCCCCGGAAGAGGAUAAGAUCAGGGAGGCGUAUCUACCGGAGGAGAUGCGGCGCGUGCAGAAGCAGAGGGAGUGGGAGGAGGAGGUGUGUCGUGUGCUGCCGGGGGAGCCUGUCAUGGAGCGAGGGAGAUUGCCACGUGGCAAGGAGGGAUUCGGCAAGGACGAGGAAGAUCUUAGCUGA